GUCCCCACUUACGUCACGUACCUCUGCCUCCGUUUUUUUUGUUUGCAUAAGCGUCGCUGUCUCCUUUCUAGCGUCCCACUUGAGCCCUGGGCGCGCUUUUAAGAUCGACCAUCGACGGGUAAUUUGUCGCUUCGUGUGGCAUUAUUUGUCUUUUAAACUGAAAGAUGCGUUAUAUAAACAAAGUAACGGUCAAGGGAUGAGACGCGACGUAGCUGCCCCGUAAUGGCACAAUAGUCGCGUGCUGUCUGUCGACCGCAACGCCGCGCUUUAUGGACCCUAUUUGGAAUUAAUUCCGCGAUCGGGAGUCUGUUAUAGUGACUUAGCCGGCUUGAGAGCCACUGCCAAUGCCCGUCUUUUUCCUCUGGAGUGAUUUGAAGUUAGCUCGCCAGCCUAGCAACAACACGCCGCGCUUCUGCCGGUGCGCAGCGGGAUGAUGAUGAUGAUGAUGAUGAUGAGAGAUGGUGUGGCCCGUGGCUCCCGUUAAUUGUCUUUCACAUGGUUACAUUUUUGCUAUGAUUGUGGCUGGGCGAAGAAUGAGCGGUCCCACACCGUAAAAAUACGGACAGCAAAGAAUAAGGCUACCCGACCGAGACAGCGGGGUGUCGGAUCAAGCUUUUCUGUUUAAAUCAGCUAGCAAGCUUGUUAGCGGAUUAGCCACACGGCCAGGUUUCGGAGUAUAUCCCCCAUUCCGACCGCUUUUUAUUUUUAUUAUUAUUUGUUUUCCUGCCUUUUUUUCCCUUCUCGAAGCGCCCCGUUGCGAUGGGCGCUCAUACCGGGGACGUGGAGCCCAUGCCGGGAUACUUGGAGCUCAUCAACCGAGCCUCCAGCGUCAUGCUGAAAUCUUGGAGAGACUGCAGCCAGUGCGGUGUGGAGCUCACCACACGGACACUCCUGGAUCACGCGUACGUCACCUGGACCGAGAUAGCCCUGUUCCUCUUUUGCGCAUUUUUGUGGACGCAGAUCAGGCGGGGGUUGACAGAAAGUCUGUUCAAGCCUCUGGCACAGUGGUGCAGGUUGCUGCCCAAAGAUGCCGCCAAGAUGCCGGAGAGUGCGUGGAAGCUGGUCUUCUACACCAUGUCGUGGUGCUACAGCACCUACCUGCUCUUUUUCACCUCCUACCCCUUUUUCCACAACCCACCCUCCGUCUUCUACAACUGGAAGAGUGGAAUGUCAGUGCCUAUAGACAUCGCAAUCGCCUACCUGAUCCAGGGCAGCUUCUAUGGUCACUCCAUCUAUGCCACAGUUUACAUGGAUGCCUGGAGGAAGGACUCUGCUGUCAUGGUGGUGCAUCACAUCAUCACCCUGGCACUCAUCUGUUUUUCCUAUGCCUUCAGGUACCACAACGUUGGUAUCCUGGUGUUGUUCCUCCAUGACGUCAAUGACAUCCAGCUGGAGUUCACCAAGCUCAACGUCUACCUGAAGUCAAGAGGAGGAGGCUACUUCCUGCUUAAUGACGUGCUCGCCAACAUGGGCUCGGUCAGCUUCAGCAUCACCUGGUUCUGGUUCCGUCUGUACUGGUUCCCCCUCAAAGUGCUGUAUGCUACCUGCGUGUCAGUCCCCAACAUUCCCUUCUACUUCUUCUUCAACACUUUGCUCCUCGCCUUGUUGCUCAUGAACAUCUACUGGUUCUUGUUCAUCGUCAUAUUCGUAGUAAAAUUGCUGAAGAUGAAUGAGGUGAACGAUGUCAGGGAGUAUGAGGACGAGGAGGGCUCCAAGGCAGCAGCGGGCCUGCUCAGAAAUCCUCAGGCGGCAGCCACAAAUCGCGACAGUGAUCACCCCAAUGAUGAUGCUGGACAUCACAACUCUGACGAUGGGAAGCACGUGCAGAAUGGCGUUGCAAAGGAGAAGCGUCUAUGAAUGGCAGUGCGGCGCCCCCACCAGGCAGGAGGCCGCGAGAGGAGAGGAACACCACCACUACACGCACACACACACACACACACGUAUGCGCUUAACAUCCUUAAGUAUUUCCUGUUGUUUUUAUUCGAGCACUGCGAAUGUUAUCUCUUCGAGGCCGUGAGCAACAGAUUGUCAGGGGAGUGAAAUGUCACAUGAUCAUCUUUUGAAUCCCCCCUUUUCCAAAUCAUCCAACCCCUUGCUUAAUUGAGUUGACUCUCAUUACAAGGGUCUGCGGUGGCCUCCGGCCUCUGUUAGCCACAUUAGUGUGUGCGUGUGUGAGUGGAGAAAGGAUGCCGAGCAAGUCGAUAAAGCUUGUUCUUUUUACAACACUUCACCUCAAUAUUACUUGUUAUCCCCCCGAUCAAUGUGUGUGUGUGUGUGUGUGUGUUGCACUGACAUGAAGGCCAACAAGCUGACUGCUGCUUUAAUGACAGCAAUGAGCUGGAAUCGAUGGACUGGGGUUUUUAAAUAGUUAAAAAAUUUUGUGUGUAAAAAUGCCCCCCCCCCCUGUUUGGGUUCAGUACCUCCGACCUUGUCGAUCAACUUCCGGCUCUUGUUUUGAAAACUCAGCGUGCUUGUGGUGCUGGAGAGGGUUGCACAGUUUGUCUCCUGUUUACCUUGUCAUCUCUCAUCAUUCCCGCAUCCACGACUCACAAAAUGUUAGGCAGAUUUGGCUUUUGGGUGAAAUUUCACAAUGAACUUAAAAUGCCUUAACCUUUACAGGUGACCUUAAUAUAAGCUUCUCUAAACUUUUGAAUGCAUCUAACCAUCUGUUGUUUUAGUACUGCUUGUCUUCAUUCUUAGUAAUGUUGAGAUAUCGCAAGCAUGUUUUUUUGUUACUGAACACCUUUUAAAAUAGAAUUGAAUAUUAGUUUUACAAACUAUUUCCUUUGAAUUCUGUACUAGUAAUCCACCAAUUUGCAUCGCUGUAUCAAAAGAAGUUGGAAAUUACUCUAACUCUGUCGACAGAUGUUCUUCCCCACUGCUAAUGUGUUGGGAAAUUUUGUGAUUUUUCAAAUCGGUAAAUUUUAGGUUCAUUUUCACCAAAAGCCCAAUAAUCCCUCACAUUUUGUCUGAAGUGGAUGCCAGUGUUUUAGUCCAGGGUAUUGUUAUUUGCAUUGGAACUGCUGCUGUUUAAAAUCUCUUUUUUUCUCUCUGAG